GCACAUUUUAUAAAUCUUCAUUGCACCUCUAUGAUUGCAAAUCAACCAAAUUCCAUGGCUUCCUCUAAAAUUUUCUUUUUCUCUAUGUUUGUUAGUUUCUUCUAUUUUGCCACUAUUAAGGCACAAGACCCUCCUGUUUACCUUGUCAUCAAACGUUGUUCCCCCAACGACAAUACCACAAUCAACAGCACCUUCCAAAUCAAUCUUAACACCCUUCUCUCUACCUUGUCAUCAAAAGCCAUAGACAACACUGAAUUCUACAACACCACAGUCACUAGUGUAAAUCCCACUGAUUCUGUCUAUGGAUUGUUCAUGUGCAGGGGUGACGUCUACUCUCAACUCUGUCAUGAAUGCGUAGUUAAUGCUACUCAAAAAUUGUCCUUAGACUGCCCUUUAUCAAAACAAGCCGUGAUUUAUUACGACGAUUGUCUUGUUCGUUACUCAGAUAACUAUUUCUUUUCCACCCUUACAAUAAGUCCUGGUAUUGACAUCUUCAACCAAUACAACGUAUCUAACACAAAAAGCUUCAUGCCUAUAUUGUUUUCGACGAUGAAUAAAACUGCAGAGAAAGCAGCGGGUCCACUUACUGGUGACAAGGACACGAAGUUUGCCACGAUAGAAAAACAGAUUUCUGAAUCUCAAACGCUUUACUGUCUAGCUCAGUGCACGCCAGACUUGUCGUUCAAUGAUUGCAGAACCUGCCUCGGUUGUGCUAUUAGGAAACUUUCAAAUGUGUAUGAUGGAAAGCAGGGUGGGAGAAAUUUAUAUCCUAGUUGUAAUAUUAGGUAUGAGCUAUAUCCUUUUUAUAGAUCUACUAAUGCUCCUUCACUAAAUGAGCUUGUUCCUCAAACAAAUGAUUCAAAACAAGAUUCUAAUUUUACACAAGAUCCAGUUUAUCUUUCCGAUAAUUGCCCAAGAAACCACAGUACAAUCACUAACAAAAACUUCAAAUUACUUCUCUCUUAUUUGUCUUCCAACGCCACAAAUGGCACAACAUUCCAUAUUGCUAAAGUGGAAGAAAAGGUGUACGGCCUCUUCUUGUGUCGAGGUGACCUUCCUAAUCGCCUCUGUGGUCAAUGUGUAAAAAAUGCUGCGGAACAAAUAUACUCAAAGUGUCUUUCUUGCCCAAAGGGUAUAAUUUGGUACAGCCACUGCUUGCUUCGCUAUUCUGAUCGGAAAUUCUUCUCUAACAUCGAAACAAGUCCUAUGUAUAGAGAUAUAAAUAUCACCGAAGAUUCCAUCACAUACCAAAACUCGUUCACUAGUACAUUAUCAAAUCAGUUAUAUCAACUUGCGAAUGACACAGGGGACAGUGAUGAAAUGUAUCUGACUAAUUCAUUAAAACUGAAUGAUAAACAAACCUUGUAUAGUCUUGGACAAUGUACGAGAGAUUUGUCUAGUGAGGAUUGCGCUUCUUGUCUAAAUACUGUGAUCGUUACAGCAAUUCCAUGGCCAAAUUUGGGCAGUGUUGGGGGAAGAAUUAUGUAUCCUAGCUGUAAUCUGAGGUUUGAAUUGUUUCCUUUUUACAUGGACAAAGCUCAGCCGCCUGGGAGUCCUUCCCCAUUACCAGGAAAUGCAGAGAAACAGAAAAUUAUCUUCAUUGUUGUCCCUACCAUUGUUUUGGUGAUGCUCUUUUCUAUUGGCUGCUAUUUGCUUAAGAAAAGGGGAAGAAAGAGUCGUAGGACUAUUCUUCGAGAAAAUUUUGGUGAAGAAAGUGCCACAUUAGAGCCACUGCAAUUCGACUGGGUGGUUAUUGAAGCAGCAACCAAGAACUUUUCUACGGACAAUUAUAUUGGCAAAGGCGGGUUCGGAGAGGUUUAUAAGGGUAUCCUUCUUGAUGGAAGAGAAGUGGCUAUAAAAAGGCUUUCAAAAAGUUCAAACCAAGGUGUAGAAGAGUUCAAGAAUGAAGUUUUAUUGAUAGCCAAGCUUCAACAUAGAAAUCUAGUGGCAUUUAUUGGAUUUUGCCUUGAAGAACAAGAGAAAAUACUUAUUUAUGAAUUUGUGCCCAACAAGAGUCUUGAUUACUUUCUAUUUGAUUCUCAACAACAAAAGUUGUUAACUUGGGUUGAACGCUUCAACAUCAUAGGAGGAAUUGUCCGAGGGAUUCUUUAUUUGCAUGAUCAUUCACGGCUCAAAGUUAUACAUCGGGAUCUCAAACCUAGCAAUAUUCUAUUAGACGAAAAUAUGAUUCCUAAAAUUUCUGAUUUUGGUUUGGCUCGAAUUGUUGAAAUAAGUCAAGAUGAGGGAAGUACAAAUAGAAUUGUUGGAACAUUUGGUUAUAUGUCUCCGGAAUAUGCAAUGGUCGGACAAUUUUCUGAAAAAUCCGACAUUUAUAGUUUUGGAGUUAUGCUUUUAGAGAUUAUUGCUGGAAAGAAGAAUAAAAGUUCAUUUACUCCACACCAUGUUGCUUAUGACCUCUUGAAUUAUGUAUGGAGACAAUGGAUGGAUCAAACACCUUUAAGUAUUUUGGACCCAAAUAUUCAAGAAGAUUAUUCUACAAAUGAAGUCAUUAAGUGCAUUCAGAUUGGUCUAUUAUGUGUUCAACAUGACCCGGAUGCUAGACCUUCAAUCUCGACAGUUUCUUCUUACCUUAGCAGUUAUGCAGUUGAAUUACCAACUCCGAAAGAACCUGCGUUUUUCUUGCAUGGUAGAAAGAAUUCAAACAUUCUUGCACAAGAAUCAAGUUCUACUCAAUCUGCCAAUAGCUCUGCACUAUUCUCAAACAAUCAAAUGUCCGCAAGUACUUUUAUUCCUCUAUAGUUUAUUAAAUUUUAUAUUAGUUCUAAUUUGAAUUUGAAUCAUGUACAAACUUUGUUUGAAUUAAUGUAAUUUUCCCUUUGAUGAUGUAUAAUCAAAUGCUCUAUAAGGGCAUUGUGCCCAAUAA